ACAGAAAGAACAAGACUGAACAGAAGACAGUCUCUACCUUAUAAAUUUUGGAAGCAGAGAGCCCGAAGCAUCAGCAGAAGAAACAGUCUAUUAGAGAUGGAUAAACAGCAGAGCUCAUCGAUCAGAGAGACCUACAACCAGCAGGGUUUCGUCUCAGCACUGCCUGUACUAAAUGAGACGGAGCUGAGGGAAGCCAGACGUGCCUUUUCUGAGCUGGAGAAGGAAUUUGGUGAAGAGUACACCCAGUACAGCCUCCACAAUGUUCACCUUCAGUAUCCGUGGGUGAUGGGCCUGAUCAAACACCCCCGCGUCCUGCAAGCGGUCAAAGCUGCCCUGGGUCCUGAUAUCAUCCUGCUGGACUCCCGCUUCAUCUGCAAAUACCCAGCACUCAAACCAGCCAACAUCCAGGAGAGUGAAGAAGGAGAAACCAAACCUGAUGGGAAUACUGGAGAGAAUGGACUUCCAUACGUGGCCUGGCAUCAGGACAUGAGGUAUUGGGGUAUUGCUGGUGGCUCUGUUCUCUCUGUGUGGCUGGCUUUAGAUGACUCACUGAAAGAGAAUGGAGCCCUUCAGGUCAUCCCAGGCAGCCACUGCUCUGGCAUGUUGCCCCAUCGUCAGGCCAUCCGCCCUGGAAACAUGCUGUCAGUCAACCAGGAGAUCCCAGAGGAGCUGGUGCAGGUUGAUGAAGCUGUGUUUUGUCCUCUGUUGGCUGGGCAGAUGUCUAUCCAUGAUGGACUCCUUGUCCAUGCCAGUGAUGCCAACACAUCGCAGAGAAGGCGCUGUGGGUUUGUGAUCCGUUAUGUUCCCACCUGUGCUUACCCCAUAGAGGAUCCUGAUCGUCCCAGGAAAUUUCAUGCCACAGCGUUGGUUUGUGGAACAGAUCAGUUCAACCAUUUCUCCAACAAAAGCACAUGAAUACUUCCUGGAUUUGUUCUAAUUGCAGGAGCUGUUACAUUUUACAGGAAUUUUUUAUAUGUUCAUGAAUGAGAUAAUAUAUAACAAUAACAGAUUUCUAUGGUGUAGUUUGUACUAUAUUGUUUGUACUGAAAUGUCUCAACACAGAUUAUGAGUUGAUACAAUUUUAUUUUAUUGUUUGGAAAAAGUGGGCAUUGUAUUAUACCACAUGCAGAUUUAACUGGACUGUUUUGUAAAGCUUUAAAAUAAAUGACAAAAUAACCUGAAUUUCAGUUGAGCUGUU